AUGGCCAAAGGAAAGAAGACCAAACAGGCCAAAGGGAAAACCAUCACCUUGAAAACGGCUCAGAACUGCGUGGAGCUGAUCCUGAACGGUAAACGGCGGCUGGAUCUCAGUUUCAAGGGGAUCGGCGCAGUGCCGAAGUGCAUCCAGGCGCUGCACGACGUGGAUCAGCUGGAUCUGAGCAGGAACCUGAUCAGAAAGAUUCCAGAGUUCAUCGAUCACUUCACCAAAAUAACUCUAUUGGAUCUGCACAGUAACUAUCUGGAGGAGCUUCCUGCAGCCAUUGGCCGCCUGCAGAGCCUCCUAGUGUUGAACCUCUGCAACAACCGCCUGAAGAACCUUCCCCGUGAGCUCGGCUCGCUGCAGAAACUCCAAACGCUCAACCUGGGCCUCAAUCAGCUGGAAGCGCUCCCCACCUUCAUCGCUGCGUUGAAGGACCUCCGCCACCUGGGCCUCUCUGACAACCGGCUCACCCGGGUCCCGCCCUGCCUCGCUAGGCUCAGCAAGCUGGAGAGGGUGAACCUGGAGCGGAACCCCAUCCCCACGGAGCAGGCGCCCAGCGGCGGGGCGGCCGGGGCGGCCGAGAGGCUGUACCUGGUCAAGGAGAGCUUCCUGUGUGAGGGCUGUCUGAGCAAGUGUCAAAUGGAGAGAAAGAAGAUGGAAGAUGCCUGAAAGCAAAGAGAUUAACAUGUAAACAGCCUGAACCUACAUUACUGCAUCAGACCGGCUUGUUUUCCCCAGAUAGUCACAGUAAAAUUUCACAUCAAAAUCAAUAAGAUGAUUUUUCAAAAGCAGUUCCAACAUCUAUAACAUUUUGGUAUUAUUAUCUCACAUGCACAUAAAGCUAUUGCCAACUGAACGAACAGUUACGUUUUUGCUGCUAAAUGAACAAACUAACUUGUAAAUAAACUGUGUUAUGAUCAGACCAUUGAGUGUCUGGGUGCAGCACCGUGACAGUCAUGACAAAAACUGCUCCCACCCCUCAUAAAUCACUGCAUGUUGGUACCAGAGAACGACAGCUGUAUCUUUAUCCAU